AUGGCUCCUCUUGCCUUCAUUUCUUUGGGUGCAGCAUUCCUUCUGUUCUUGCAGGGAUCUGCCGCCGUAGACGGAACCCAGAGCCUGACAGCAACGUCACUGGAUUGCCAGUGUGCCAUGAAUCUCCGAGUCGCUGCCGGAUUAGCCGAGUUUACAGCCGCAACAGAUGAAAAAGUCAAGCGGCUCUACGCCCAAUUCUGGAAAGCUGUCUCUGACAGUGUUACUCCGACUGAGGCGAAAGAACAAGUAGCAGACAAUGAGGAUACUAUCAUUUGGACUGGCACCUACGCCUAUUUCCCGUAAACGGGAGAUCAAGCAGACUGCAGCUGUGCAGCUGACUACUGGAAGAGCGGCUAUUUUCUACUUAACAACCAGGUGCCACCAAAGUACAGCGAUGAGGAUGGCGCAGUGUAUCGAAAUCCUCAGGCCGUUUUUUUUGUCGCCCUGUACAAUCCCAACGAUGCACCAACUGCCAGCUGCGCCCUUUUAAAGUGCCCUGUAGAGUCCACCACUGAAUAAGCACAAGCAGCCCACAGCGAUGCAAGUACUGAAGUUGGACAGGAAGGCGAAGCAGCCGCAAGGAGAUUGGAAGAAGCAACUGUGACUACGACUGUGGACGCCAUUGUCUGUCUGACACACCCAGCCGCAUUAAAGACGGCAGUUGCCACGAUGCACACUUCCCAACGGGGUUUACGUACAGGCCAUUCUUCGGUUACAUCCUCUGCUAGAGGGGGACCAUUGCAGAUAGCGAGCUUGGGUGCAGUCAUUGUUUCAACUUCGGAUCGGCGGCGCCUAGUCAACGCCGUACCUAGGGAACCGUGGAUGCAGAACAUGAUGGGACCAUAUUUUCUACUCUUUACUCAGGCAUGUAGUCUCGCUAGCCACCGUGUUCGUGUGCGGUGUGCUGCCAACAUUGUUCUUAGGCCUACUGAGGGCUGUGCAGCUAAGCAACUCAUCAGAAAGAUGUACCGAAGCAAAGGAGGAGAUAAAAUGCCUAUGGAAACAAAAGCGAUAGAUACAAAUGCCUUCUUAAUUAAAAAAUGUUGGGAGACCUAUUGCCAGCACAUGGUGGCGUAG